AGAGAAGUCAAUUACAGGGAACUCUGGCUGAAUUCCAUGGAUGAGUUUGCCGAUGUCCUCUCUUUCUGAUCGUUGGAGGAUCCACGGAUACUCUGAUAGAAGAUCACAAGGGAGAAGAACAUGAAGCCCCCUUCUCUCUCUGAAUCGCCCAAUGCAUUGUCAAGUCCGGAAAUUUCUCAAUUUCAUCAUGGCUUGGAUCGGAGUAAUUCUUGUAGAAAUUAGUUCACUGCCGCUAUAGAAUUUAAUUUCGAUUUCAGCUGAGUCGGAUCGCAAAUUGCCCAGAACAGCGAGGGGAAAAUUUUGAGUGAAUUGCACUCUUUCAGAUGAAAAUUUCAGGCCUCUUGUGAUGGAGAAAGGCAGUGGCUAUUUCUUCUCUACUUGGGCUUCAAAUGUCAAUGUCAUUGUUGUUACCAUUACUUUCACUUUUAUUGUUGUCCGUAUUUUGUACGUUAUAUGUUGGAACAGCAAACCCAUUCGCACCAAAAAUCUGCAGCCACUCAGUACUCUAAUUGUUCUAGGUUCAGGGGGGCACACAGCGGAGAUGCUAAAUCUGUUGUCUGUGCUGCGGAAAGACAGGUUUACACCCAGAUUCUACAUUGCCGCUGCCACUGAUAAUAUGAGUCUUCAAAAAGCUCACUUCUUAGAGACCUCCUUGGUAGAUCAGGCAGGGGCUGGAGUGAUAGAGGAUGCACAAUUCAUGCAGAUUUAUCGAAGCCGGGAAGUCGGUCAAUCAUAUAUAACUUCUGUUGGAACAACAAUAAUUGCCCUGGCUCAUGCAUUGUGGCUAAUGUUCAAAAUUAGACCCCAAGUGAUCUUAUGUAACGGCCCUGGCACAUGCAUUCCUCUUUGUGUAAUUGCAUUCCUUUUUAAGGUACUGGGGAUUAGAUGGUCAUCCAUUUUUUACGUAGAAAGUGUUGCUAGAGUUAGGAGGCUGUCUUUAAGUGGGUUGCUUCUUUACAAGUUACGGUUGGCUGAUCAAUUCUUUGUGCAGUGGCCACAACUACAGAGACAGUACACUCGAGCUCAGUAUGUUGGUUGUCUCAUGUAGUUGAUUACUUGAUUCUAUUCUGCCACCGCAUGGGUACUCCAACUACAAGAUUUUGCAGUUUUAAUCAUAAUAUUUGAAGUUUGCUCAACUUAUCGUACUCUUUCAAAGCGUACAUUUUUGUAGCUUGGCAACUGGAAGGGGCACUGCUGGUGGAUUACUACCACUUGGUCAAAAGAUCAAUGCUGGGGGAUUCCUUUAGUUAGUGUAGGCUUCUGCAUUUCUCUUAAGGACCUCUUCCUAUUGUCAUGAAUGGUGGAUGAAUUCUGAUUUGUAUCCUUUGAGGAUGGCCUCGUUUGACCUGCUGAUCUUGUUAAAGAAAUCUGGCGCUGCCCUGACUGCUCUAACUUCUAUUCACCAUGUUUGAGCCAUCCUUUUUAUAGCUUCCUUAUUUGCAAUCUUGAUACAGGCUUCUGAAAUGUAAAAGAAUUUAAGAUUAAAUGUUACAGUGAAAACUCUCGUAAAGAUGUUUGCCGCAGGGCUUUGUAGACAUAAAAAAGGUGAUUUCUAGUUUAAA